AAUAAAACUCGCGAUACUGUAAUGAGAGAUGAAGACAAAUGAUAACUCGCCUCAUAUCCGUCCGACCGACUGUUCCGAAGAUCUGAGAGAGAGGGAGGAAAAAUACAGACGCUGUGGGUAACAAACUGACGCGCUGAAAAGUUUAAAGAGCAAGACUGGGAGAGGGAGAAGAGUGAGAGCAAGAGAGAGCUGGAGAGUUUCAUCUCAUUCUGGACGCAGCCUCCACUGGACAGCACCCGUCCGCUGCCGCAGAAUGAUUACGAGCAGCAAAACGACUCUUGCUUUCCUCAUCUAUGGGCUCCUAGUUCAAUGCAAUGUGUGUUCGCCUCUGAGUUACCCGAAAAUCAGAAUGGAGACUGCAGGAUUUGACGAGGAGGGAAACUCAUUAACGGAUGUAACUUUUGACAGUGACCAGAUCACUAUACGAAGCUCUCCUACAGUCACUGAAGACGCAUACACGUUAUUUAGUCCUCCCUCAAAAAGACUGGAAAGGCACGCUGACGGGAUGUUUAAUAAAGCCUACAGGAAAGCGCUCGGCCAGUUAUCCGCGAGGAAAUACCUGCAUACAUUGAUGGCAAAACGCGUGGGAGGAGGGAGCACAACAGAGGACGACAAUGAACCACUCUCCAAGCGCCACUCGGACGGGGUUUUCACGGACAGCUACAGUCGUUAUCGGAAGCAAAUGGCCGUGAAGAAGUAUCUGGCCACGGUCCUUGGCAAAAGCCCUGAAGACUUAGAUUUGCACCAAUUUCUACAAGACGUAGACUUUGGUGUGCUCCCGGAUGAGGAUGAGAUUGAGGCAUUUUUGUUGGAUUGGCUGAGACAGUUUUCUUCUGAAUUCCCGGCUUUGUGACACAGGAGGCAGCUAGCGGCUUGGGUGCCUUUGCUUCAUCUUUAAAAUGGCCACCAAUUUCAGAUGGCACAUUAGUGGCCCUCCAAAUGCUGCAAUCACCUGCUCACACGUCUCCUAUAUUUCUCACAUAACAUAAUUGGUUAACAUGCCACCCGGCUCUGCCUUUCCGGUUAACUUCUCUAUGCAUAGUGUGUUGUAUCUGUACAGCGUUCAUUAAACAUGAUCAAUCUUGAAA